AUUCCAGACUGUGUGGACCCUGUUCAAAUCACCGAGCCAAUGGUAGUAAAUGUCAUUUCAUGUCUGCUGAAGAAUGUUUGAGCCAGUAUAGUGAUAAACUUGCAGAAGAAUAUGGGGAUGCAUACAUUGCCUUCCGUAAAAUAGAUAGGAACAAUGAUGGUAUAAUCACAAUGCUUGAUUUCCGACGCCUGCUGGACAGUUUGAUGAUCAGCCUGGUAGAUGAGGAAUACGUGCGUCUUCUUUCUCUCUUGGGAAUGAAUGAGGCCUCUACCCUGAAUUAUCCAGAAUUCCUCCAGUUGUUCCAAGCUCAUGCAACUAAAGAGAUGCGUCCUUGGCUGACCUCAUCUUACAGACCCAGACGGAUGGCAGCAGAGGCAGAUCUCGCUUGUGAACAGGCUCAUUGCUAUCUUAGCAUCAAAGCACAGAACAGAUGGAGUGACCUGGCUAUGCACUUCCAUGAAUAUGACGGUGAUGGAAAUGCCAUUGUUACGAAAAAAGAUUUGAAGGACGCCCUCUACAGAUGUGGAAUCCCAGUGAGCCCCAAAGAAUUUGAGAAACUCUGGACAAGGUAUGAUCUCAACGCAAAAGGCUACCUUACCCAUCAAGAAUUCCUCCAAAAAAUGGGUGUGGAGAAUGUACCUCCUGUCAGUGGCCUGAACAAGCCGUUUUCGGCUGAAAACUACCCACACUUUAUGGAACAUUACAAAAGAGAGGAACAGAAACACGUCAACGUCAAUGAAAUCAUAAAUAAGAUCAGAGAGAAGUAUCGCGAAUGCUCCCAAGACUUCCACAAGGCCUUUUUGCAACAGGAUAAGAACAGAGAAGGCUGCAUAUCGGUGGCCAACCUACGUAAGAUACUGGAAGACUUUCACUGUUGCCUUGGCUAUGAACAGUACAGUGAACUUCUAUACAGUUUAGGAAUUAAUAUACAGGACGACAAGCUCUCAUAUUUUGAUUUUCUAAGACUUAUUGAUGCCCGCGGAGCAUUCAAAUAUCAGAAAAGGCACACUGUGCCCCCUGUGCCACCAGUCAGCUUUGUGCAACUCAGCAUAGAUGAAGCCAUGGCAAAGAUAAAGCAGAUGGUUACGGAUUCUUCUGAUCUGCUGUUCAAGGCCUUCUCUGCUUUCGACAAGGACCGUACCGGGACAAUUUCGACCCUGGAUUUCCGGCAGGUGUUGCACCAUUUCUGCUUCACGCUUUCGGAGAAGCAAUUCAACCAUCUUCUGAAACUGCAGCGACUUCGUGGCGAACACUCCAUCGACUGGAAAUAUUUCCUGCAGAAAUUCAACUUCCUCUCAGAGGCGGAAAGGGAGCAGACGCGGUUUGCUUCUCGGGAGCUGUCCACUCAAGAGGUCUUGGCCCGCAUCCAGGAAGUAGUGAGUGCUCGCUUUCAGGCCAUCGAACAAGAGUUUAAAGGUGCGGAUCCCACAAAAACAAAACUGGUGUCUAAAGAGGUGUUCAGAGACAUCUGUAACCGACGGUUCUUGCUUCUAACUGAUGAACAGUUUGAAAAUCUCUGGAACACAGUGCCUCUUGACCUUAGUGGGAAAUUGAAAUAUCCUGGAUUUUUGAGGAAUUUCAGCUCUGAAGGAGGAGGGAUGUCCGAUACGCCCAACGCGGAGAAUCCCAGCAAACCAGCCCCGGCUGCUGAACCUGAAUCACGGGCUCCUUCACGCCCCAAAACAGCAUCUUCUCCUCCUUCUCCAAAGAGAGUCCCAGCUGCCAACAGACCUUAUACAGCGGCUGUUCCAGCUUCGCCUAUUCUGAACUGCCAGUCAAUUGAAUGUAAAAUUCGGAAAAAUGUUCAACACUGUUGGAAAGAAAUCCUGAAAGAAUGCAGAGAGAAAGAUGUGGACCGCUCGGGAGAAAUCUUAGUAGAAGAUAUUUUAGGUAUAAUAGAGAAAUUUCAUUUGAAUUUAACCAAAGAAGAAAUUCAGCAGCUCAUAACAAAAUAUGAUUUUAAGAGCGUGGGCAAGUUUGCGUACUGUGAUUUCCUUCAAAGCUGCGUGCUGCUGUUUAAACAACAGGAGGUAUCUCCUCUGCAGAGACUUCUCAUCCAAAACUCACGGGUUCAGAACGCCCCUGGACCUCAGUCCCCCACCUUUCUCAAUGCAAUGAUGAGGAUUCAGCCCCAGAUCCUGCACUGCUGGCGGCCGAUGAGGCGGACGUUUAAGUUCUACGAUGAAAACGGGACUGGGCUUCUCAGCAUCCAAGAUUUCCGGCAGGUGCUACGAAAAUACGGCAUCAACCUCUCGGAAGAGGAGUUUUUUCACAUCUUGGAAUAUUAUGACAAAACCCUAACUUCCAAAAUCUCCUACAACGAAUUCCUCAGAGCAUUCCUGCAAUAA